AUGUCCCCCAAGCCAAGAGUCGUGGCCCUAUGCCACCCCCAAUACGCAGGAGCCGACUAUAUCGCCGACUUCCAGAAAGAAUUCAACUUCUCCGUCCUACACGCUAAAAACCGAGCCGAGACACAAAAGAUGCUACCAGAAGACAUUGCCGCCAACGGGCCCAUUGACGCCUUCCUAAUUCGCAUGGGCACCCCGCCCUACGAGCCCUUUGAUCAAGACCUCUUGAAAGCGCUGGUCCCUGACUGCAAGAUCAUCGUGUCGGCUAGUGCGGGGUACAACGAAUUCGACGUGCAAUGGAUGGCGGACGAGGGUAUCUGGUUUUGCAAUACUGUGAAUGCGGUGGCUGAGGCUACGGCGGAUAUGGCGCUGUUUUUGAUUCUGGCUGUGUUGAGAAAUACCUCGAAUGCGGAGAGGAGUGUUCGGAAUGGGACUUGGAGAACCCCGGUUGAGGGUGGGAUUGUUCCUGCGAGAGAUCCUGCUGGGUUGGUCCUGGGGAUUGUGGGCAUGGGUGCCAUUGGAAAGUAUAUUGCUAAAAAGGCCGCUUGCUUCAAUAUGAAGAUCAUCUAUCAUAAUAGAAGACAGCUGUCGGCGGAUGACGAGGCUAGAUACGGGGCUACGUAUUGCGAAACCCUGCACGAGCUGCUUGCUGCCAGUGACGUUGUCUCACUGAGCUGUCCGCUCAAUGCGAAUACAACGAAUCUAAUCGGUGCUGCUGAGUUUGCGGCUAUGAAGGACGGCGUUUUCCUAGUCAACACUGCCAGAGGUGCGGUUGUUGAUGAGAAGGCAUUGAUUGCGGCGCUGGAGAGCGGCAAGGUAGCCCGUGCUGGGCUGGAUGUCUUUGUUAAUGAGCCAUCCCUGGAUCCGUGGUUUAUGCAGAGCGAUAAGGUGGUUAUUCAGCCGCAUCUGGGUGGCUUGACGGAUUCUGCGUUCCAAAAGGCCGAACGAGAAUGCUUUGAGAAUAUUCGGGCUUUCUUUACGAAAGGGAAGGCGAACUCGCCUGUUAUGGAGAUUAAGAAGAGAGCAUGA